GCCUGGAGUUUCCUUCCUCUGCCGCUGUUUGUGGGGCAGCCAGCGCCCGCGGGCUUUUUCUUCCGGCCAUUGCCCCGCGAUUCCUCCUCUCCGCCCCGAGACGGAGAGAACCGAUCCCCCUCUGGAGUUUGUUCCCAACUCCGCCUCGGCCUUUCUCUCGCCUCCCCCUCCUUCCCCCGGCCAGUCCCCUCCCUAAACCCUCUUCCAUCCUCUACAUUAGACUGGAGUCCCCUCCCUCGGUCGCGUUCAUUUCAUACCAACUCUCAUUCCACGCGUUCCCCGUUUACUCCUUUCAAACUCCAGGGAAAAUAAAAACCUUCUGUUUUCCUCCCAAACUCGGGCCCGAUCUCUGCCAACCCCCGCCGCUCCGCGCCGUCUCGCCAUCCCGCCCUCAGCUCCGUGCUCUUCAGGUUCUGAGUCUGCUUCUCCACGUGGCACCUUGGAGCUUCUAGCUGGCACCAUUACCUCCAACGAGUGGAACUCUCCUGCCUCCCCUGAGGGGAGCAACGAUUCAGGGGGCAGUGAGGCCUUGGACAAACCAAUUGACAAUGACGCUGAGGGUGUAUGGAGUCCAGACAUUGAGCAGAGCUUCCAGGAAGCGCUAGCUAUCUACCCACCAUGUGGACGGCGGAAGAUUAUUUUAUCAGAUGAAGGCAAGAUGUACGGCCGAAAUGAGCUGAUUGCCCGUUAUAUUAAGCUAAGAACAGGGAAAACACGCACAAGGAAACAGGUAUCCAGUCACAUCCAGGUCCUGGCAAGGCGGAAAGCCAGAGAGAUUCAAGCCAAGCUUAAGGAUCAGACAGCUAAAGAUAAAGCUAUGCAGAGUAUGGCUACAAUGUCAUCAGCCCAGAUAAUCUCUGCAGCUGCCUUCCAUAGUAAAAUGGCCUUGCCAGGUCUCCCACGACCAGCCUAUCCUUCUGUUUCUGGGUUUUGGCAAGGAGCUUUGCCAGGACAAGCUGGAUCUUCACAAGACGUGAAACCUUUUCCUCAACAACCCUAUGCUCUACAGCCUUCACUGCCAUUACCAGGGUUUGAUUCUCCCACUGGCCUCCCACCUUCCUCAUCAGCACCAGCUUGGCAAGGACGAAGGGUUGCUAGCUCCAAACUUUGGAUGUUAGAGUUCUCUGCGUUCUUGGAACAACAGCAAGAUCAAGACACGUAUAACAAACACCUGUUUGUGCACAUCGGGCAGUCAAAUCCCAGCUACAGUGAUCCUUACCUUGAGGCAGUGGAUAUCCGACAGAUAUAUGACAAGUUCCCUGAGAAAAAAGGGGGCCUGAAGGAGCUGUUUGAAAGGGGGCCAGCAAAUGCCUUCUUCCUUGUCAAAUUCUGGGCUGAUUUGAACACUAGUAUUGAAGAUGAAUCCAGAUCUUUCUAUGGUGUUUCUAGCCAAUAUGAGAGCCCAGAAAAUAUGGUCAUUACCUGUUCCACUAAAGUGUGUUCCUUUGGGAAACAGGUGGUGGAGAAAGUGGAGACAGAGUACGCACACUAUGAAAAUGGACACUAUUCCUAUCGCAUUCAUCGUUCUCCUCUCUGUGAAUACAUGAUAAACUUCAUUCACAAACUCAAGCACCUUCCUGAGAAGUAUAUGAUGAACAGUGUGCUGGAGAACUUUACUGUCUUACAGGUUGUGACAAACAGGGAUACACAGGAGACCUUGCUGUGCAUAGCAUAUGUUUUUGAGGUGUCAGCUAGUGACCAUGGUGCCCAGCAUCACAUCUACCGGCUGGUGAAGGACUAGAGACUAUCUGCCCUGAGUCAUCCAUGAGAUGCAUGUCUGAGGAAAAAGUCUGUGCUUGAAAAUCCCUUGUCUCUUUUCACCAAAUUGAAAAAUAAACUGCAGAUACUGUGUAUUUUCAGAGAAGCACCUCCAAUCUAUUCUUUGAUUCACAGUGGCAAAUAUGUAUGUAUCUCCAGGUUUGUGCAAAUGGUGGAAAGGCUUAGAGUCAAGGAAGCUGGCAAAUAACUGCAUAACUGCUUAAGAGUUUCACUUGAACAGUGUUCUCUGGAAUGUAUUCCUUACGUUCUGCAACACAACUUUUAAGUACACAUAGUGCUCUACAUACAGCAGUAGCAGUGGACUGGACCACAUGCUUACAGUUUGGCUAGGUGUAUUUUAUGCCUGAUCACAGUGUGUGCUUCCACAAACAUUCAUCUAGAGGUCAGCACACACACAGACAUGCUUACAUUUCAAUAGGCUGCACUGAAAGUAGUGCUUCCUACUUUUCCCAUGGAAACUACAACGUACAUAGUAACUCUUCCUGACACAGAACGUUCUCAGCUUUAAAAAACUAUUCUUCAAUAUAGUUGCCACCAUUAGCAGUGCAUUUUUGUCAGCAAUAAGCAAGAGCCAGCAUGCCACACUUGCAAAAAUCUGCAACAGUGGAGGUGAUCCACACGUGCUGUCACCAUUACUGAAAUGCACCAGCUCACUGUGCUAACAUUCACUGUUUAGUGUCUGCAAAUGUUCAGCAAGCAUUCACAAAUGUCAAUAGGUGCAAUUUUUUCCAUGUGGAGGAAUUAAAUUCCAUAUCUUUCUUUUACAUGCACUUCCAUGUCUGAUACCAUUUUGUCAGUUUGUCCCUCUGCUGCCAUCUGUUGCAUGGCAACAAAAUGGAAUAGCAUCAGGAAGCAUCGAUGUUUACUACCAUACUCCCAACAUCUGCUUCUGAUGCUGUGGGCCAGUGUAAUAAAAUACGAGGCAUUACUUUCAGAUCAGCCCUCACAUGUAGAUACUUGUUCAUCUAGACAUGCAUGGGAACAUGUGUGUAGAUAUUCCACAUAUAACCUACACAUCUGCUUGUCCAGCUGUUCACCUUAGCAGAGAGGCAGUUACAGGCUCCUCAAGCCUUCCUCCUGUUAGAGGCUGAACAUGGUCUCCGUGGCCUUUAAAUUGCAUUUAUGCUUAGAAAACUUGGUUUGUUAAAUCGUGUUGUCUUGCCUAGAAGGUCUUCUGCAUGUGUUGGAUCUGGUCUCUUAACUGACUAAAAUAAUUCCUGAUUCUUCUGUUUUCCAAAUGCAGUUAAUACAGCUCUGGGAGCUAGACUGCUCUUUUCUUAUGCACCAGUGAAAUAACUGUCUCAAGAUAACUUGUUACACCUGUUGGCUGCAGACAGUGAGGUGCACAAGUAUUGCCAAGAACGCCAUUUGGACAGCAAAUCACAAAUGGUUCUCUUUCAUUUCCAAGGCAAUCAAACCCAAUCCUUCUCCUUUAGUUGUAAAUAGAGAUUGUUUACUCAGCAAUUGCUGUGAGUGAACAGUCUUGGUCCCCACAGUGCUACUGAUGGAGGGGAAGAGGUAGCCAUUCAUGUUACUUUAAGGGAAGAGGUGGAUGGAAUGAUAUUCUCUGGAAGUCACUGAACAGGCAGUUUAUUGCCUAUGGCCAGGUAAAGUCUAUUAGUGCAGACAUGAAGAGGUGAUGUUAGAUUUCACAAUGCAGCAUAACACCUUAAAGGAGACACCUCACACAUUUGUUUCAAAUGUUUCCAUCCUUGCAUUUUUGGCAUAGAGAAAAAUAAUUACUCAUACUUCAGGCAUCUGAUAUACUGUCUAAAAUCAAAGGAUUUAUUGGAAUUCCAGCAGGUAAGGAAGACUUCAGUCAUACGCAUAUGAAAUCUGACUUUUUUCAAGAAUUUAUGGGCUUUGGUGGUACUCCCUUCUACAGAUCUCAGUGUGAUGGUUAAAGGUCUUUGUGGACUUUGUGAAAGUCCUUUAUAUUCAGGCCUAUAAUGCUGCCUCUAGGUUUGUAAUACUUAGUUUAUGAACUAAGGUUGAAUAUAACCAUUUCUGAGUCUGUGUUGAAGCUGGGUGAGUUCAUUCUUCACAAGGAAGUCAUGUCCAAGCAACAGUAAGAAACAAGCUACUAAAAUUCAACUUAAAAAUCAAGAUAGUUAAGUUACUCAACAAUGUUUUCUUUUUUUUUAUCUCAGUCUUCACUGGCAGUUGUCUCUCCCACAUCUCCCAAGUCACAGAAUCUCAAGACAGCCACCUACCACAGAAGAAGACCGGAUCUGGGACUAUCUGAGGAACCUGAACGUGUUGAAGUCCAUGGGACAUGAUGAAAUUCACCUCAGGGUCUUGAGAGAACUGGUAGCUGAAGUAUGCUAAGCCACAGUCCAUUGUAUUUGAAAAGAAUUGGUGAGGUGAAGUCCCCAGUGACCGGAAAAGAGGAAAUAUGACAUUUGUUUUUUAAAAGGGUUAAAAAGAAAGACCCAGGAAUUACCAACCAGUCAGCCUCACCUCGGUGCCUGAUAAAAUCAUGGAACAGAUCCCCCUGAAGACUAUGUGAUGGUAUAUGCAAGACAGGGAGGUGACUGAAUACAGCCAACAUGGCUUGACCAGGGGUGAAUCAUGCCUGACUAACUUGGUGGUCUUGUAUGAGAGAAUGACAGCACUGGUGGAAAAGGGAAGAGCAAUGGACUUCACUUACCUUGACUUACGUACAGCUUUUGAUACAAUCGCUCCAGAACAUCCUAGUCCCUAAAUUGGAGAGACAUGGAUUUGAUGGAUGGCCUGUUCAGUAGAUAAAAAAUUGGCUGUAUGGCUGCGUCCGAAGAGUCAUGGUCUCAAUGUCCAGGUCAAGUGGUGUCCCUCAAGUGUUUACAACUUUAUCCAUGAUGUAGGCAGUGGGAUCAAGUGCAAGUUUGUGGAUAACAGCAAGCUGAGAGGUGCAGAUGAUAUUUUUUAAGAAAGGAAUGCCAUCCAGAAUGACCUUGAUAGGCUUGAGGAGUGAAAUUCAACAAGGCUAUAUGCAAGGUCUUGCACCUAGGUUGAGACAGUCCCUGACACCAACACAGACUUGGUGAUGAACUGAUUGAGUGCAGUCCUGCAGGAAAUGACCUGGGGAUACUGAUGGAUGAAAAACAGGGAACAAUUGGAUAUGAGCUGGCAACGUGUGCUUGCAAUCCAGAAAGAUAAUCAUAUUCUAGGCUGCAUCAAAAAGAAAUGUGGUAAGGAGGCUGAGAGAGGUGAUUCUCCCCAGUAUUCUGCACUCAUGAGAUCUCUCACCUAGAGUACUAGAUCUGAGGUCCCCAGUGCAAGAAAGACGUAGACAGUCAGAGUAGAUUCAGAAGAAGGUAACAAAGAUGAUCUAAGGGCUGGAGUGCCUCUCCUAUGAAGACUGGCUGAGAAGGUUGUUGGGCUUUUUAUCUUUGUAGCCUAGAGAAGAAAAGGCUCCAGUAAGACAUUGUUGUGUCCUCCCAAUACAUAAACAGAGCCUACAAAAAAGAUGAGGAUAGACUCUACCAGGGAGUGUAUUGAUGGGACAUGGGGCAGUGGUUUUGAACUGAAGGAGGGUAGGUUUAUGUUGGAUAUAAGGAAUAAUUUUAUUUUUUCUAUGGGAUUGGUUAGAUACCGGAAGAGGUUGCCCAGAGAAGUAGUAGAUGCCCCAUUACUAGAAAUGUUCAGAGUUGGGUUGGGUUGGACUUUGAGUAACAUGAUCUAGUGAAAGGUGUCCCUGCCCAUGCCAGGGCAGGGAGUGGAACUCAAUGAUCCUUAAGCAUCUGCUCCAGAUCAAGCCAUUCUAUGAUUCUAAGUUUAUUAUGGGAAAUAAUAAUAAUAUGGAAUUCCUCUCACAACAUUUUUAUCUGAAGUAUGUAUUUUUGCUGAUUAAGCUACCAGCAGUUAGAUGAAAAGCAAAGGACUAAAGGCUAUUGACAAAGAUGGCAGAUGACUGUUAGCUGAGAAGAGGGUGUGUACUGAAAAGAUCAGUGUAGGUCUUUAAACAUGUUUAACAGAGUAAUGAGUGACCUGGAGGAGAGAGAAAGCAUCAGGAUAACUUAAUUUGCAGAUAGUACUAAAGGACAACUUAGCUAACUGGGUAUGUAUUGGAGUAGUUUGAACAGGACUGAAACACUAAACCUGAACUGGGAGAAUAAAAUUCUAAGAAUAAUUUGAGAUAUAAAUUAAAAUGUUCUUAAAAAAAAUUCUAGCCAACAAAAAACAUGAGACAGAUGGCAUUUGAGAAGUGAACUAUCAGAAAUGUAGUCACUGCUUGAAAUUUUUGUGGAGUUCUAGAACCACAGGAUCAUAGAAUUGUUUGAAUUGGAAGGGACCCUUAAAGGUCAUCUAGUCAAAGAUGUUGAAGGGCCUUUGCAAUAAACAAGGAUAUUCACAGCUAGAUCAGGUUGCUCAGAGAGAGCCCUGUCCAGCUUGAUCACGCAUACCACAAGGGACAGGGCAUUCACCACAUCUGGCCUACCUGUUCUAGUGCUUUACCACCCUCAUUGUAAAAAACUUUUUCCUUGUGUUCAGAUAAAUUAUCUUCUCUCACUUAGUGUGAAACCAUUUCCUCCUGUCCUAUCACAACAAACAUGAGUCAGUUUGUUUCUUUAUUAUAGCCCUCAUUUAGAUACUGAAAGGGUGCGAUCAAGUCCUUUUCACCAGGGCUGUGUUCUACCCUUUUGACCCCCACCUUAUCAUAGUAUUAUAGUAUCAUAGUAUCAUAGUAUCAUAGUAUCAUAGUAUCAUAGUAUAGUCUCAUGUCGGUUGGAAGGGACCUUACAUUGAUAGUGGGUGUUUCUGUGACACAGGCGCAAGACCUUGCGCUUGGCUUCAACCUCAUGAGGUUCUCUUGGGCCCACUGCUUGAGCCUGUCUAGGUCUCUCUGGAUGGCAUUCCUUUUGCAUGUUGACCACAGGAUACAGUUUGGUGUCAUUAGGAAACUUGAUGCAGAUGAAGCAAUCCUACUGUCAGUGUCAUUGAGGUAGGUAUUAAUGAGUAUCAGUUUCAGUACUGACCCCUGACAGACACCACUCACCGCUAAUCUCUAUCUGGACAUGGAGACUUCAGCCACCAUUCUCAGUGCAAACAGUUCCCCACCCACUGAACAGUCCAUUUGUCAAAUCUAUGUCUUUCCAAUUUGGAGAAAAAGAUGUUACGAAGAACCAUAUCAAAAGCUUUAAUGAAGCCCAAAUAAAUGAUAACAGUGGCCCUUCCACAAACCCAGUUACACCAUCAUGGAAAGCCAUAGAGCAUGAUCCCAAAUUGUACAGAACAGAAUUAACUGCCAAGGGUCAGAUGUACAAAAAUCAGAUGCCAGUGCCAGAACUGAACAUGCUGCUCAUGGCCAGCAUGUAAUACAGAACCAUGCAAGAGAAUGAAGGGAUGUGGGUAAAGAGAAUAGCAAAGAUGCUGCUAUCAAGUCAGAGCUGGGGAAAGACUGUUUUGCUCAUGUUGUUGGAAGAGGAGUCCAUGUAUGUAUUUGUUUAUAUAAAUAAAACUUUUCCUCCUAAA